AGGACCUGCUUGAGCUGCUGUUGCACCCAACGAGAAGUUCAGACUUCAGAGAAACCGAGCAAACCAUGGGGGCGGCGCCGUCGAGACAGGAGGCGUCCACCGCCUCGUCGCCCACCGGUGAUGGCCGUGUCGAGCCGACAGCGCUCAGCGCUUCUACUCCUUCCGACACCGCCAACCAGGCCCAGUCCAAGAGGGCGCCGGCUCCUCACGUGUUCCGGGAGAUCGUCGCCGGGGAGAAUGUCGCCGACAUAGCCGCGCUGGAAGAUCAGGUCUCCAAGGGGAUCUUCUUGGCCGGGAAAACAAAGAAGUACUGGGUGGACGAAAGGACCAGGCACAACUGCUUCAUGCUGUUCCCCAGAGGCCUACACAUCACCUGGAGCGAAGACCCCAAGUACUGGACUUGGCACCCCCUGAAAGAAGGAAGUGACGCCGAAGCCGGAAUCGAGACGGUGGCACUGCAGAACGUUUGUUGGCUGGAGGUCCAAGGGAAGCUGGAGCUGUCCCAUCUCACGCCAGGAGUCACCUACGAGGUCUUCUUUGAGAUAAAGAUCGAUGACCCGGCCUGCGGGUGGUCGACCCCGGUGAACUUCCGGCUGAAGUUCCCCGACGGGACGAUCCAGCAGCACAAGGAGAACCUGGAGGAGAAGCCCAGGGGGAAGUGGCUGCUGGUCAAGGUUGGGGAGGUUAAGCCGCACAAGGGGCAGAAUGGAGAGGCAGAGAUCUCCAUGUUUGAGUAUGACGGUGGGCAGUGGAAGAGGGGGCUCCUCAUCAAGGGCAUCAAGAUCACCCCCAAAGAAUGAAUGAUCUGGUUUUGUUUUGUUACCAACCAUCGUUUGCCGCUGUUUGUCGACUAUGAUAAGAUCAGUUUGAUGCAUGGGAAUAAUAUUUCACUGUCACAAAAUAUCAAGAGUUCUGAAUGAAUGUUAUGUCUUGAAGAAAAAGUUGCACUAGAAA